AUCAUGAAUGAAUUCACGCACUCAACGGUCGUCAACCAGCUCGCCACUAAGUUGCCUUUCAAUUUGCAACAGGACUGGGGACGUUAUGCUUACAAUCUACGUCCAAAGGUCUCUUCCUUAGCCGACUUUGACCGCUGGAUUGACGCCAUUGUAGGAGCGGAAGAGUUGCGCGGCGCCAAACUCAACAAUUACGUAACACCGAAGCAAAACCCGCCACCGCGCCCUGCACUACCUUUCCCGCCAACAAUUCUAAAAAAUUCCGUCGCGUUCAAGAUUCCAAAAUCCGUCGAAAGCCCGUCCGAGAAACCCAAUCGAGCAGACAACCAAUGGCCUGCAUGUCCAGCUUGCAGCGAUAACCCUGGCCAUCGUCUCGAAGCAUGCGGCAUAUUCCGAAAAAUGUUGCCGUCUCAGCGAGCAGCCCUUUGCGGAGAAAAUAACCACUGUUUCAAGUGCUUGCUUCCCGGACACUAUGGGCGAUCCUGCAGGAACACCGACGUGGCGUGUAAUGCCUGCCCCGGCAAGCACCACUCUCUCAUUCAUGGAGCCGAACGCGUUUUUCCUGGAAAACCUCAGCCAAAAGAAAGUAAUCCGCAACCGGAAUAAUCGAUCCAUCGUGGCGGCCGGAGUGUUGUGCACCGGCACAAUGAUACCUGGCAACAUCGAAAGGGAAGAGGAUGAGAAAGCAGAGCAGCAGACGACGGGCAGUCGAGAGUAAAAAACCUCAAGAAGAAUCACGUUUCUCUCGUUCUGAUUAAUAUAAUUUCUCCCUGUCGUGUUCAAGUCGUGUGAAAUACAAAACUUGUUUCUCGUUCUACCGUCUAUUUCGUUCGCUGUGACGCGAGUAGUU